CUUAUGGCUAAAUGGUACUUUAUAUUUUUAUCAAUUUUUGAGGUCAUCCGUCCAACGGAAGGCUUCAGAUUAAGACACGAUCCAUUUGCCUAUGUACACGGCAAUAAGACAACCCAGCAAACUGAAGGUGCAGCUGGUGGUCCACUAAACCAUGGAAGUUUGCCAAAUACCCUCCAGGCGUUAUCGUCUGAUAGGUUACCUGCAGCAUCGAACAAUGUCUAUUGUGAAUCCGUAACUGAGCGCAUACGGUUCCCUACAAGGGAGGUGCGCAUAGGAAACGUUACUAUAGGUGGCAAUAGACCUAUAGCUCUCCAAACUAUGACAUCAUCCGAUACCUAUGAUAUAGAUGCCACCGUUAAGCAGAUAAUAACAUGCCAUCAGUAUGGUGCAUCUCUAGUUCGCCUUGCCGUACAGUCACCACGGGAGGCUAAAGCCUCUGCGGUAAUAAAGGAGAAGCUUCUGUCUCAGGGUUGCAAUGUACCACUUGUAGCCGAUAUACAUUACUCCCCAAAGGUUGCUUUGAUGGCAGCUGAAAUUUUCGAUAAGGUUCGGGUUAAUCCUGGCAACUAUGUCGAUGGUCGUAAGGAUUGGGAUGAAAAGAUAUACAAGACGGAAGAGGAAUUCCGGGAGGGGACUAAAUUGAUAGAGGAGCGGUUGACGCCACUUAUUGAAAAGUGCAAGAAGUUGAAGCGUGCAAUCCGUAUUGGUACUAACCACGGUUCCUUAUCAUCUCGUAUAAUGAGUUACUAUGGCGAUUCUCCUAUGGGAAUGGUUAUGUCCGCCAUGGAAUUUGCUGAAAUUUGUGUGAAGAACGACUUCCACGAUAUUGUAUUUUCUAUGAAGUCUUCUAAUUCCUUUGUUAUGGUACAUGCUUACAGACUUUUAGUAAAUGAGCUAUACAAGCGUGGUUGGAACUAUCCCAUUCAUCUGGGUGUUACGGAAGCCGGUUCAGUUGACGAUGGUCGAAUAAAGAGUGCCAUGGGUAUUGGUUCAUUGCUUUUGGAUGGUAUUGGUGAUACCAUCCGUUUAUCAUUGACUGAGGAUCCGUGGUUGGAGCUCCUUCCUGGCCGCAAGCUACUGCAAUAUGUAGAUGGUAUAACUAAAAAGGAUGGAUCAAGCACAAAACCUCGAAUUAGGUCGGAUUUCCGUGAUUUCAACAACAUAUCACGCCGCACUAUAGAUUACGGCACAUCACUAUUGGAUUUUGAUGAUGGUAGGAAAACCAUAUUGAAUCGUGACGGUUCAGUUGGUUGCUUGAUCACGGAUGAAGAUUUAUCUGACCCGCUCACAUUAUACAAAGCGUUGAAUGUUGUAAUGAAGGACGGUUUACCUCAGCGGUGCCUGAAAUCAGUAGACUUUAUUUAUAUGGAAAACACACCAUUAUUUCACGACUUUAAUGGCCAGAGGGUACUAAAAGAGCUGAUAGAGGGUGGUUUUCAGGUACUAGCUCCAGUUGACCAGUUGCAAGAGCAACCCAUUAAAUUUGCUAUUGGUGUGGUCGACCUAAUGAAAUUAGAGGAUUUCCAGCGGUCUCAAUCCUCUCCCAACCAUCCCUAUGCCGAAACACGUAUUGACUUCACGGACAAGAUAGCCAAUUUGGCGAUAAGGAUAACGGGGAAUGAGCCAGACAGUUACCUAGAGAAGCUAUGUAGCAUUGAGCGGGGCAUAUCAAGUAAAGCCCUUGGUUCUGGAGUGCCCCGGAUGAUCAUAUUAGACAUUGAUUCAAAAUUGAACCACGUUGAGACUGUGCGUCGUAUAUUUGGAAUUUUGGUUAAGAACGGUUCCAAGCUUCCAGUGGUGCACAUGGUGGAUGCCACUGAGUGUUUCGAUCACGAGGAGGUUGUCAUCAACGUAUCGACUGCUUUAUCGACCCAUCUGAUUGAUAAAUUGGGGGAGGGUGUGAUGAUAAAAUCACGCCUACCUCUUGCGGAGAGUAACGACAUUGCUUUGAGUAUUUUACAGGCUGCUCGUAUGAGAAGCUUCAAGACAGAAUUCAUUUCAUGUCCUUCUUGUGGUAGGACACUGUUUGAUAUCCAGAAAACGACGGAAUCCAUUAAAAAACGGGUGGGGCAUCUACCAGGGGUCAGUAUUGCCAUCAUGGGUUGCAUUGUCAAUGGUAUCGGUGAAAUGGCUGAUGCUGAUUUCGGUUAUGUUGGCGGCGCGCCUCAUAAGGUUGACUUAUAUGUGAAAAAGGAGCUGGUUGAGCGAAACGUGCCAGAUGUUGAAGCAUGUGACCGUUUGAUUGAAUUGAUUAAGAAGCACGGCAAAUGGGUUGAACCUGAAUAACC